UCGCGCCCCACUGAACCGAACCUUUUUUUUUUUCCUUUUUCUAAAAAAAGAAUCGUUACAACCAGGCGUGGGAAAGCGUAGGGGUUAAUUCGUGCGAGCGAGCGAUUAACACAGAUUAAGAAAUUUUCUUUUAGAUGGGAUUGUAAACGGAGACUUAAGCUAAAUCGAACUGUGUGGUUCAGUCCCGGGUGGAAUUCCGCAUUGAAAACGGGUCCCCGUUGCAGGAUAAAACGGUUGUCCUCACCCAAGGACGCCCUGUCGGUGAUCGGGUUUAAAUCAGCUUUAAAAUCGCGCGUUUUUGCUCUACUACUAUGCAGGCGGUAAAGUAAGUUAAACUUCACAGGAUGCGCCGGUGGGUUUCUCCGUGUGAGAGAGGCAGAGAAAUUAGAAAUCAUUUAUAAUGGGGGGGCGAAGUGGAAGAGAAGAAUAAAAUAUGCUUGAAAGGUCACCGUUUAAUUAGUCCCUUCGGCAUUAUUAUAAUUGGUUUGAUUUUUAUCAUUUGAUUUAAAUAACUAGGAAACUAAGGGACGAGAUUCAGCCCCUUCAGUCGGUGAGCGGAUUUUAAGAGUAACUUUUUUGGAAACUUCUCCAUAUCGCUCGACUCAUUUCCAGGCCGCUCUUGCAGUUCACUUCUGCUUUAUCCCGCGAUCGGAAACAACAAAAUAAAUCGUCCAAAACUGCCCGUAGCUAGUUUCUCUUCUUUUCAAACAAGAAGUUUUUUUAAAAAAAAAUCUCCGUUCCCUAAAUGUCCAAUCAAAUCAUGGUUUACCUUUAAUGCAUUUUUUUUUUUUUUUUGCAAAAAGUGAGAGGAGUUCGUUUCUUGCAGGAUCCCCAAAUCAUUAAAAAAAAAAAAAAACCACUUGCUCUCUUUUCUGGUUUUUUUUAUUUUAUUUAGCUAACUCUGGCCAGGAUCUUUCUCUUGCUCUAAAUCAACAUUUAUGUCCACCCCCGCUCCCCAUCCCGGAUCGAUCGCAAUUGGAAGACAGCUAAUUGCCUAUCCGAAGAAGAGGGGGAGGGGGGGUUCGUUCUUCAAGGGUCCCCUCGACCCUUGAACCCCUCCGAUCGCCUCCCGCUUUCCCGGCGACCGUUUUCCUCCUUUGCUCGGUUGGUCAAUUUCAGCGGGUCAAUUUCCCUUAGAACGAGGGGGAGGAGCUUCGGGGGGCGGGCGGGGCCUGCCCUCCACUCCGGGCGCUCCUGCCAGCCCUCCCCGGGGGCAAAAAGCCUCCGAGCUCAGUCAUCCCGGAGAACGGGAGGGGGGCGGCAGAAUCUCGGGAUGCCGCCCGCUUGGGUGAGAGCUUGCCCCGCCGGCUGAAGCUGGUGGCCCGGCUGCCCCGCUGAUCUUCUGCUCUUCGGGCACAUUCGCGCCUCUGCAGGCGGCUGGGCUGAAGCCGCGCACCGCCGGCUGCGCUCGCUUCGGACCUCAAGCGGAGCCGCGUCCGUCGGGGCCGAGGCUGAUCCGCGACUCCGGCCCCGGGUCUGAAGAACUUCUCUCCGCCCCCGCCGCUUCCCGCCCCCCCCCGCGGGCCUUUCCCUGGCGCGGAGAUCGGCGACCGGCGGGGCGGCGGCUGGGUUGCGCCCGGAGCCGGGAAGAGGCUGGAGGGCAACCGGUCCGCAGCCGGCGCUCUUCAUGCACCUGCCGCCGCAGGACGCGCUCCUGAGCAUGGGCGACGCCGGGGGUGGCGGCGGCGGCGGCUUCUCGCUGGCUGGGCCCCUGCUCAGGAGCCCCGGGUCGGGGGGUCCCUCCUCUCGGCUCCACAGCAUCGAGGCCAUCCUGGGAUUUACCAAAGAGGACCCCCGUCUGGGCAGCUGCCAAGGCCAGGAGGGCAGCGGCGGGGCCAAGCCGGGGAAAGAGGCGUCCGAGAAGAUGGGCGCCGGCGGGGAAGGCUUCUCCCAAAUGCCCGCCCAGGAGGCGCUGAGGCAGGAGCAGGCGAGCCCCAGGGCGGGGCGCUUCGGAGAAACCUACUGUACCAAACAUUCGGACAACUGCUUGAGCCCAGAGCUGUCUGUUUGUAACAGUGAUGGCAAACUGUUAGAUGAAGAGCAGCCCAAGAAGAAGCACAGAAGGAACCGUACCACCUUCACCACUUAUCAACUUCAUGAGCUGGAGCGAGCCUUUGAAAAGUCCCACUAUCCUGACGUUUACAGUCGAGAAGAGCUGGCCAUGAAAGUCAAUCUACCUGAAGUCAGAGUUCAGGUUUGGUUUCAGAAUCGGAGAGCGAAAUGGAGGCGUCAGGAGAAGCUGGAAAUGACCUCCAUGAAGCUGCAGGAUUCGCCUAUCCUCUCCUUUAACCGCUCUCCUCAACCUUCUGCCAUUGGGACUAUUGGGAGCAACCUGCCCUUGGAAUCAUGGCUUAGCCCACCCAUGUCGAACAGUAGCCCCCUCCAAACUUUGCCUGGAUUUGUGUCCUCCCCACAAAGCCUCCCUAGCAGCUACACCCCUCCUCCUUUCCUAAACUCUCCCCCCAUGGGACACACUUUGCAGCCCCUGGGAGUCAUGGGGCCACCACCACCUUAUCAAUGUGGGACAAACUUUGUGGAUAAAUUUCCAUUGGAAGAAGUGGAUCCCCGGAAUACCAGCAUUGCAUCAUUAAGGAUGAAAGCGAAGGAGCACAUCCAGGCCUUUGGCAAACCGUGGCAGACAAUCUGAACUAUUUUCGGAAGAGGUCUCAGUUUGUACAUCUUCUAUUGGACAGAUAAAGAGGACCAUUGUUCUCAAGAGUGAAUUUCAGCGUAGAAGUAAAGUGAAUACUCAAUGAUUAGUCAGUGGAACGAUGUGUCUUCCGAAGUUGUGGAUGCUCCAUCACUGGAGGUUUUUAAGGAGAGAUUGGACAGCCAUUUGUCUGAAAUGAAGUAUGAGUUCCUGCUUGAGCAGGGGUCUAGACUAGGUCUCCAAGGUCCCUUUCAACUCUGUUAUUCUGACAAGCCAUCAGUUGUUUCCUCCCAUUUUGAUUUUAUAAUCUUUUGGGUUCUCUGUCCUGUUUCCAGAACAGGACUUAGAAUUAAUUCUAGGUUUCCUUUGGAUGGGAUUGUAGGAUUUUUUUUAAAAUGAUCUCAUCUUUUGAUAUCUUGGCUGGAUAAAACAAAGACAAUUGUAACUUUCAUAGGUGAAUUUUGUAAACAUUAAAGCACAAAUAUUUUUGCAUUAUACCUUGAAGAGGUUGACUUGUGUCUGAAAUCAUAACUGAAUAUGUUGUACUGCAUUUUACAGUUUUAUAAUUUCUUCAGUAGAUGUUAGCCAACUAAAUAGUAAAAAAUUCAAAGUGAUAUGGGAUGCAAAGUUGAUGAAAAUGUGAGUAAGAUAACUACUACUAUAUUUUUUCUCUGCAUAAUCAUUUUAUUAGUUUAUAAUAUAAAAGACAAAAAUACAAAAGCAAAUAAUAGGAAAAAUAGGGGAGGAAAAAGGGAAGGGAAAAAUGUAGAACAGAAAGAAAAGGCGUUGACUAACGACUCCCUUUGGUGCAAAAGAAUAAGAUAGUAACAUCAGACUUCAACUUUUUAGUUUUACAUAAAAGUAUAAACUAGUUGUUUCUAUAAUAACAAAUCUAUCUAAUCGGUAAAACCCAAAAUCAAAGUUUCAUUUUUUUCCCACUUCAAGCACAAAGUCCAGAAGCAAUUUCCAAGUAGAAACAAAAGUAAUUGUGUUUUUUUUUCUUUAAUCAAAGCAGUCAAUUUAGCAAUUUCUGAAUGUAGCCAUUCAUCCAUUGUGGGAAUCAGAUCCUGCCAUUUUUGUGCAUAAAGUAAACUUGCUGUCAUCAACGUAUAUAACUUGAAAGUUCAAAAAAAAAUUUCCAAGUCCUUUUUCAUUAAACCCCAAAGAAAAGUUUCUGUUUUUAUCUUUAUAUUCACUUUAAGAAUCUUCUAUAUUAGGAUAUGAAUCCUACUUCAAUAUUCCUUUGCUUUAUCCCAUGUCCACCAUAGAUGAUAAAAAGUCCCUUCUUUACGUAUGCAUUUCAAAAUUCAUUUGAAAUACUUUACAUAUUCUUGACAACUUGUGUAGUGUUAAAUACCAGCAAUACAUCAUGUUAUAAAAAUUUUCUUUUAAAUUGUAAUUUAGUGUAAAUUUUAAACCUUUCGUCCACAUGUUCUCCCAUUGUUCAAGCAUUACAUUAUAUCCUAAGUUCCUUGCCCACUGAACCAUACAAUGCUUUAUAUAUUCAUUUUCCAAAUUCAAAUUCUAUAACAUUUUAUAGACCAUAGCAAUAAUAUGUCCACCACUACCACACAGUAGGAUUUCCAAUUCAUUUUUAACAAAGUCA